AUGUGUGACUAUGGUAAGAAAGGAUGCCCCGAAAGAACAAAACCCAACAGUUCACUUGACGUCAGGCCUGGCACCACCGAUAUAGUGUCUGGUUGUGAACAAUGCAAACCAACCGAUAGAGCUGGAAGUUCUAAGAAGGUAGACAAAGCUCCGGAGUGGGCUAAAAAAACUCGGUAUCGGAAAUUAGCCAAUGAUAUUGCCGAUCAGAAUCCAUGGUCGGACGCAGAAGACAGAGCAAGAUUUAUAGAAUCUUUCGCGGCGCACGGAUUGAAAGAGGACGACAAUGUCAAGGGGAUCUCAGCUGACGGCAGGAGGUUGCCUUGGAAGCAAGAAAACUACGAUGAGAUCCUGCGUCGAACCAGGAAAGAACUUGGACCAAAGUUAAUUCCGGAGAACUUUAAAUCUCUCACAGUCGGUGAGAGCGGUUAUCGGAAAGGUUUUUCAAUUCGUCCAGUCAAAGUCAUUAACCCCAACAAUUAUCCGACGUUAACAACAUAUCCACCAGGUUACGACAGCCCGGGUAGUUCUAAUCCCCCAAACACUCCACCCAUCACCAGGAGCCCGGGUGAUUCCAACCACCCAAGGACUCCACCCAUCAUGAAUAGCCCAUCAUUAUCAGAAAGCAGACUAUCUCUAAAUGACGAUCAACAUUAUUAUGCUUUAAAUCCCACCACCCACGGUUGGGUACUUGGUCGUCAGGACAACGAUGAUCUGUACGCAGACCCUAGCCCUAUGCCUUCUAGGGGGCAGUCUCCAGCACCCCGUUCUGACGGCAGUUCACCUCAUGUUGCAAAUCAGUCCCCCACCAGUCGCGGCACGAGAAACGCACGGCGUAGUCGUGCCACAUCGGGAACAAGCUCCAAGGGAUCCAGUGACAGCAACACCUUUGAGAAUAGUCUUUUUGACUUUGCAGCGGCAUCAACGCAUACGCCACCUCGUUCAACUGGUGCGCCUCAGCCCGUCCCAGCCUCGCAUGCCCAGCAUGUAAGCCCCUCAACGUAUACCACUGUAGGAAAGGCUCCAGCUACUGCAGGAAAGACUCCUGCAAGCUGGAAGACGGUUGGUGCGUCGAAGCGUCCAACUGAAAGUUCUGCAUCGAGCUCCAAGGCAAAGGGAGACAAGGAUAAAAACUCUCUCAAAAGUUCUGCGUCAAGCUCCGGCCGAAAGGAAGAUAAGGGUAAGGGACCCACCAAGAAGAGUUAA